UGGCAAAGAAAUGAUUGCAAUAUCUUAGUAGAGCCAAUCGUUUGAAAGAAAACAUGGAAAACGAUAAAUUGGCUGAAAUCAAUCAUAAAAUUGCUGAAAUUAAGAAACGUAUACUGCUGGCAGAAGGCCAAAAGACAGCCAAUACAGCUGAAUGGCAGAAACAGAAUCGUAUCAAUUGUGAUACGAUUGCAUCCUUGAAAAAGGAUAUAAAAGAACUUACAACUAAAUGUGGUCGUCUGCGAAAUCCUUUGCAACGACCCGUACUCAUCAAAGAAAAUCCUGCAGUUGCUGGUUCUGUGGCAACAGCUCCUUUAGAGAAGCGCAAAACGAGUGCUGCUGCUACCGUUCUGCCCACAAUAGUUGUGGGCAAAGUAAAUUAUCCCAUUGGCGCCAAAAAUGCUGAAGAUGCCAUUUUUCUUACAGACUUGAAAAUAACGGAAAAUCGCAAACAGUUGGAUUUAUUAAGGCAUCGUUUCAAGUGUCGAAAACAACACUUUGCUAAACUAAUGGAACAGUAUCGUGAAUUGCUGGCUAAUAAAGAGGCUCAAGAACAGAAUUUAGGUGAAAAACCACCAGAGACAUUGGAAGAGGAUAAUAAUCGUAAGUUGGUUUGCCAAUUGGAAAAUCAAAUUCAUCGCACGAAUGUUCAAUGGAUGGAAGCUGAACACAUACGUAAGAAAUAUCGCUCCAUUGAGGCUUCUUUGAUGAACGAUGCUGAACGUUUUGAAAGAAGUUUAAAGGAAUUAGAGGUGGCUUUAAAUGAACAACAACAGGAAAUAAAUCGACUACAGGUGAA